AUGCCGCUGGACAAUGACAUCAAGGGCAAGGACGGGGAGGCAUGCACGCUCAAGGCCGGCGAGGUGAUCGAGCUGGUCGAGGGCCCCCGCAAGGAGAAGUGCGUGUGCGCGGUGCGGGCCCGAGGCAAGGCGCUGAAGGACAACGCCGUCGGCUGGGUGACCGUCACGAGCCGGCAGGGCAAGGCCAUGCUGGAGGAGGGGAAGUACUACACCUGCACCUCCGCAACGGCCAUGACGAACGAGCUGGACUUGAAGACGGGAGAGCUCGUGAAGAAGCUGUCCGUCGGUGAGGUCGUGGUUGCCCUCGAUGAUGUUCAAGAGGAUGCUGGCGUCAAACGCGUGAAGGCGAAGAUCCUGAAGGAGGACAAGGAGGGCUGGGUGACCCUUACGAGCGAGACCGGGACCUCGUUCUUCUCGUCCAGCGCGAAGCACUACACGGUGCUCGAGGACGUGGACCUUCAGAAGGGCCCGAUCGCGGCCACGGCGGAGACUGUCAGAAAGCUGGAGGUGGGCGAGGCGUUUGUCGUCAUGGAGGGGCCCAAGGACGAGGUGACAGACUCGCAGAUGCGAGGCCGAGGCGUAGUGCUGGGCAGCGGAGCCGCUGGCUGGUUCUCCAUCGGCGCGGCGACCAAGCCGUGGCAGCCGACGUACACCUGUCUCAAGGCCGUGGCCAUCCGCGAUUCCCUUAAGGCGGAGGAGGGCAAGGACAUCAGGCAGCUGGCCGUCAACGAGGUGGUAGACUUCUUGGACGGUCCCAAAGUUGGUCCUAGCGGCGCAGUGAAGAUCAAGGGCUGCGCCGCCAAGGACGGCUCGGUCGGCUGGGUGGCCAUUAGGGACGCCCAGGGCGCCAAGCUGCUGGAGUCCAAGGGGGAGAAGGCGGCGCCGGCGCCCGCGGUGAACGGCCCCGCGACGCCCGGCGUCGUGCGGCCGGGCGUGGCGCCCGCCGUCGUGAGACCGGGCCUGGCGCCGUCGAGGCCGCCGACGAUCGUCGCCAGGCCCACGCUCGGGAGAUGA